UUGGUUAGCGGGCGAAGGAAAUGAAUAAGAACUCCUAAAUGAGCUACCUUUCUCAGCGCACCUGUGGAUAAUAUAGAAGUGAGUCGAAGCGCCACCGAAACCCGGAGGCGGCGUUCUCUCUUAUGGUGGCUGUGGUUGGUUUGAAUUUUCUCAAAUUGGAUAUCCGUUACUUUUCUGUAUUUUAGUAUUUCUUACACUGAUUUGAUGGCAUUUUGAGAUCGAAACUAGGGCGUAGGAAGUACCCAAUCUGUUAUUUUCUCUGUAUCGUCGUCCACGGGCGGUUCUGGGGUCGUUGAUGGUGGAUCUGGGGCUAUCCCCUCGAUGAUAUUCUGCAGAUCUCUCUCUGCUUGGAUCGGCCAGGUCUUCUCCUGCAUGGGAAGCUGUCUUGGAUGCUAUAGUAGACCAACUCCAAUAACAGCAGUGGAUGAGCCGUCAAAGGGUCUAAGAAUUCAAGGUCAGCCUGUGAGAAAACCAAGUGUAUCAGACGACUUCUGGAGUACAAGCACAUAUGAAAUGGAGAUUAGUGGAGCUCAUUCUCAGAGAAGCAUCUCUUCAAUUAGUGCAUCAACCCAACCACUCGAUCCGCAAAGUGGAGCAGGGAGCUCAACCAAUCCUCCUGAGUUUGUGAAUCAUGGCCUUAUUUUAUGGAAUCAAACAAGACAGCAGUGGAUUGGGAAUAAAAAAACAGACAAAAAAACGGAGGAGGUUAUUGAUCCAAGGUUAAGUUGGAAUGCAACAUAUGACAGUUUGCUGGGGACAAACAAGCCCUUUCCACAGACUAUCUCGCUCCCUGAGAUGGUGGAUUUUCUGGUGGAUGUAUGGGAACAGGAGGGAUUGUAUGACUAGAUUGCUGAUCAGUUCACUAAUUCUCUUUGGGAUUAAUGAAACUAUGGAGCCGUUUAUCAGUACAUGUGGGUUUUCUUACCUUCUUUUUCUUUAAAUAGUAUCCUCUCACAAAAUAGUGGGGGGAAAUAGUACACUGCGUAUUGUGUAAGGCUUCUGAGGCCCAUUGUUGUUAUAUUUAUUGAAGG